UUCAAAACUACAGCAAUCAAGUCAAAUUGUCAUUGGGGCAGUAUUAAAGUUCGACCGCGCCACGACGCAAGUUGAGAGAAUAUUACGGGUGUCUAGCUCAUCACGUGAUCAAACGCCAUCUGCGCCAGUCGCCGCUUUAAAAUGCAACGUGUUUCAGCCAGACGCUUCAGUUUUCGGUUCUGAGGUCAAGGAACUCUAGUUCACAACGGUGCAAAAAUACCCAACUCAGUCAUAUCACGAUAUCAAAGAAAAUCUUAAACAGACACGAACCUGCAUGGAGGAGAAAAAAGUGUUGACAAAUUCGAGCUCUUCUCUCGUCGAUGAACACAACGUCGAUCGUAAAUCAGAGAUCUUGUGUAAGGUGUGCGGAGACGUUUCAUCGGGCCGACAUUAUGGUGUGUAUACCUGCGAUGGAUGUAGCGGUUUCUUCAUGCGAAGUGUACGCAGAGACGCGGUGUACUCGUGCAAGGGGAACGGGAACUGCAUCGUUGACAAGAAACGAAGGAAUCAAUGUCAAGCAUGCCGAUACAAGAAAUGCCUCGAAGUUAAGAUGAACAAGUUUGCCGUGCAACAGGAGCGUCAACCCAACUCAUUGCGCAUGUCCAAAACUUUACAAGAGCACGAGUUUAUGAAUGUGCCUGGCAACGAGUUCCUUAACAGCCUCAUCAUUGCAGAGCCGUAUCGGGAAUUCGGUUAUAGAUCCGGAUACCCAAGUCCUACUUACACUGGGCAAGACUGCUUUCCCAUGUUCUGUAGCCCUCAAGAUAACACCUGCGAGGCAGCCGCCCGACUUCUCUUCAUGGCGGUUCGAUGGGCUCGCAACAUCCCAUCAUUUGUGAACCUACCAUUUCGAGAUCAAGUAAUUCUUUUGGAGGAAAGUUGGCGAGAACUGUUUAUACUUGGUGCUAUACAAACUAAUCUGUCCAUAGAGGUCGCCCCUCUUCUCGCAUCAGCCGGCAUGCACGUGGACAACACGCCUGCGGAGAGGAUCGUGAUGACAAUGAGUGAUAUCAGGUUACUUCAGGAGAUCACAGGAAGAUUUCGCGCCUUGCAAGUAUGCGAAGCUGAACUCGCCUGCUUAAAAGCUGUCGUUCUCUUUAAAUCAGAUCUUCGAGGUUUAAGAGAUCCUCAGAGGAUCGAGAUAUAUCAAGAUCAGGCGCAGAUUAUGUUGAACGAUUAUGUCCAUCGUCAUUAUCCUGGUCAACAAGUGCGUUUUGGAAAACUGCUACUAAACCUACCAUCGCUCAGGAUGAUAAACACAAAGACAAUAGAAAACCUUUUCUUUAGACAGACAAUAGGAAGCGUAGCAAUCGAAAGCCUUCUCUGCGAUAUGUUCAAGACAUAAACCGAGCAACAAGGUACAAAUCCCGUUAGACAGGUUCUUAAUGGAUAAUGUAGUAUAGUUGUGUACUACACGCAGGAAGCCUGUGUCUAAAGAGGAGACUAUAAAAACUUGUUGUUUUUCAUCAUGAAGUAUUCACAAAAAAUAUCAAGGUAGUCUAAGGAUUCCUUGAGAAUGAAAAGUCUGAACGCAAUUAGCUACAGCCAGCUGAGGCCAGCGAACAGAACCCAUCAUCGCUCGGAAUAAAAUAUAUACUCAAUAACUAUAAAAACGAUCUAUCCAUAAAGAAAUAACACGUAUUUAAAAUCUCCAAGGCGAGACUAAAUGUUUACGCUUGCUAUUCUGAA